AUGCCAGUACGUCGCCCGAUGCCGUGAAGAGGAGCCAUUGGUGCAACGUGGCCUAUUGGGAGCACCGGACGCGCGUCGGCCGCCUCUACACAGUGUACGAACAGUCUGUCAGGAUAUUUUAUGAGCCACCCCAAGGGUACGAACAGUCUGUCAGUAUAUUUUAUGACCUACCUCAAGGAAACGGCUUCUGCCUCGGACAGCUAAACCUGGAAAACAGGAGCGAGACUGUGAGAAGGACUCGAAGUAAAAUUGGCUACGGGAUUUUACUUAGCAAAGAACCGGACGGUGUGUGGGCUUACAACCGCAGCGAGCAUCCCAUCUUCGUCAACUCCCCAACACUGGACAUCCCCAACUGUAGGACUUUGAUAGUGCGCAAGGUGAUGCCGGGCUAUUCCAUCAAGGUGUUUGACUAUGAGAAGUCCUGCCUCUUGCAGCACACGGCCGAUCUGGAUUACGCGGACGGGCCCUACGACCCGAACAGCGUGCGGAUUAGCUUCGCCAAAGGCUGGGGGCCGUGUUACUCAAGACAGUUUAUCACGUCUUGUCCUUGUUGGCUGGAGAUUUUACUCAGUAACAAUCGAUAACGAUCAGCCUCUGACGAAAGGAAAAAGAAAAAAAAGACACAGACUAUCCCAAAUAUCAUCUACCUAGAUUUAAU